AUGGGAGCAACUGUCCCAGCUACUGUUCCAGCUAUAGUUCCUGGAGCUUCAGCAUCCACAAGUGGAGCAUCAAGUGUUGCAGGAAGCAUUAACACACCUUUGCGACUUGCUGGUACUACAGGUAAUCAAAUGAAGCAAGUUCCAACUCAAGGUUGCUGCACUGUGACUGUCCCUUACUCAAUGAAUGCUAAUGGUGAAAUUGCGUUCAGCGGAAUGCAACUCGGCCACCAACGAUUCAGUGGUGCUCAAGUGCGCCAAGGAUUCGAUGCAACUCAAGCUAAAACUCCGCAGAUUGUGAAGACUGGCUAUUAUGAUAUGUCAGAAAUGUCUUCCACAAUGCUAUCAAGGAAAAGGAUGAGAAUGGCAAUGAUGUCUAGCUUAUUCCAUGUCCUGCUGGUACAACAAAUGUUGAACUUCAAGCCGACUGGCACUAUGCUAGUGAAAAUGAAGGUUUGCCUGAUCUUGCUACUGAAGCAGAUCAAGGAGCUCAAUAUGCACACUAACCCCGGCAGCAGAGUUCUUGACAAAGAAGGUUUUCUAGGAAGAUUUCCGCCUCCAGUUUACCACAAUGAAGAUGGAAUUGCCAAUGUACUUGCUAUGCGUGAGAUGAUUGCUGCGGGAUACCGUGCUGGAAGGCUCCUUGACUGCUACAUUUCUAUUCUGUACUUUCUGUUCAAUACUUGUAUUAUUCAGAUCACUGAGCAUGGAUGA